GGAGCCGCACACGGCAGCGCUUAGGGGCAUUCCCAGCGCGCCCCAGGAUGUGGGAGCUCCGCUCUGCAGCCUUCGCCCGGGCUGUCUUCGCGGAGUUCCUGGCCACGCUGCUCUUCAUCUUCUUCGGCCUCGGCUCUGCCCUCAGCUGGCCGCCGGCCCCCCCGGACGCCCUGCAGGUCUCGCUGGCUUUCGGCCUGGCCGUCGCCACGCUGGUGCAGGCCGUGGGGCACGUCAGCGGGGCCCACCUCAACCCGGCCGUGACGGUGGCGUGCCUGCUGGGCUCCCACCUCUCCUUCCUCAGGGCCGUCUUCUACGUGGCGGCGCAGCUCCUGGGGGCGGUCGCCGGGGCGGCGCUCCUGCACGAACUCCCCCCGCCGAGCCUCCGGGGACAGCUGGCCAUCAACAGGGUAAGGAGGCCACCCACACGGGGGGAUGAACAGGAGUGGGGGGCCGCCAGCCUCGGCUCCCCAGCCUUGUCCAUCGGCCUGUCUGUCGCCGUCGGACACCUGCUGGGGAUCCACUACACCGGCUGCUCCAUGAAUCCCGCCCGCUCCUUUGCCCCGUCUGUGAUAGAAGGCGACUUCAGCGCCCAUUGGGUCUUUUGGGUGGGCCCCUUGGCCGGAGCAGCGGUGGCCUCGCUGAUCUACAACUACAUCCUCUUCCCCCACGCGAAGACCCUGUCAGAGAGACUCGCCAUCUUGAAAGGCGUUGAGCCCGAGGAGGACUGGGAGGAGCGCGACAUUCGCCGGAGGCAGUCGAUGGAGCUGCACUCCCCACAGACUCUGCCAAGAGGCAUGACAGAGAAAGUCUAGCGCCGCAAAAGAAACUAGCCACGUUCUCAGGUAGCCACGCUCUCCAGCAUCUUCCGGAGGGACAAUCGCACGUUCCGACGAGCGCCAAACGCACUCUCGCCACCCAUCCACCCAGAAGUUGCCCCAAUGAGCUCAAAAAAGGUUUGUUUUCCUUCUCCGCUGUGCCUUUCUCCCUGGUCACCUCACUUAACCUGCCCUCUGCUCGCCAGCUGAAGGGCAUGAUGCCACGUGCAAUCCCCUUGCCCAAAACAAACACUGACUUGGCCUACAGAACUCCUCGUGGCCCCGGCAUGGCAACACGAACCAGGACCGAUUCCCAGCUCUGCACUCAUGUGGCCUGGCACUCCGCUCCUGUGUGCCUCAGUUUCCUCAUCUGU